AUGAUCUACCCAAAGGAAGGUGUUUUCUUUAAACAUGGCCGUGAGAUCAUAUCUGCGCCUAACUUUGUGACAUCGGUGUGUCACAUGAGUCCGUACACACCGCACAAGUUGCGUAAGGACUUUUGGGAGAAGCUAGAAGCGGAGCGUCCUGUCUUCGAGAGGUUAGCUACGGCGGCAGUCAAACGCGAGGAUGAGGUUGUCUCCUGUAUGGUGCUGGAGGACAGAUUGGUUGAAGCCACAGUGGAUGCUGUGACCCAUCCGAGUGGUAAGAGGGUUAGGUGUGGGCUCCCAGCAAAAGCUGGGGUAGAGACUACACCUAUCUCUGGCGGCGGCAGUAAACGUGAGGAUGAGGUUGUAUCCUGUAUGGUACAAGAAGACACAGUGGGUGCUGUGACUCAUCCGAGUGGUAAGGUUAGGUGUGGGCUCCCUGCAGAGGAAGCAGGGGUGGAGACCACACCCAUCUCUGCGGUAGGCACGUUUUCCACGCAGUCCUGGCAGGAUUCCAGCGGGGUGCUAGAGCAGUCUGUACGAAAGGCGGAAGCUCAGCUGGAUGAGUGUGACGAGUCUCAGGCUGGGGGGUCUGUAAGAGCUAUGUACACUUGCUGCCAGAGUGCGAAGUCUCCGAAGCUCACUAGGAAACUGAGAGACUCGGCCAAGAUUGUCGACAUACUGCCUGUUCAGGACGACAUGGAUCUGGAUGAACCAGAGGUUCAGAAACCCCUUAGUGCUGAAGAACGUGUCAAGAGGAAGGCAGACCCAGUGGAUGAGCCUGAGGAAUAUGUGAAACGAACACGGCUUCAAUUGAUGAAACGGUCGGUCUUCGGGGUGAAAGUGGGGCGGGGUACAAUCGUGGAAUGGAUUGUACGUUACACCCACGAGCUGUUUGCGCACGCAAGUGCCAAGCGGUUGGACCAGCCUGUACGCACGUUGUAG